AUGCGUGAAGCUAUCUGCAUCCACGUCGGUCAGGGUGGUCUUCAGGUUGGUAAUGCCUGUUGGGAGCUCUUCUGCCUCGAGCACGGCAUUCAGCCUGAUGGACAGAUGCCCUCUGAUAAGACCAUCGGUGGUGGUGAUGACGCCUUCAACACCUUCUUCUCGGAGACUGGUGCCGGCAAGCAUGUCCCCCGAUGCGUCUUUGUCGAUCUCGAGCCCACUGUUAUUGAUGAGGUUCGUACCGGUACUUACAGGCAGCUCUUCCAUCCUGAGCAACUCAUUUCCGGCAAGGAGGAUGCGGCCAACAACUUCGCCCGUGGUCACUACACCAUUGGUAAGGAGAUCGUCGAUCUCUGUCUUGACCGUAUCCGCAAGCUUGCUGAUAACUGUACUGGUCUGCAGGGCUUCCUCGUGUUCAACGCUUGUGGUGGUGGUACCGGUUCUGGCUUGGGCUGCCUCAUUCUUGAGCGCCUCAGUGUCGACUACGGCAAGAAGUCGAAGCUCUCCUUCACUAUCUGGCCCUGUCCUCAGGUCUCCACUGCCGUGGUAGAGCCUUACAACACAGUGUUGUGCGUCCAUUCUCUUCUCGAGCACACUGAUGUCACUUGCCAGAUGGAUAACGAGGCUCUUUAUGAUAUCUGCCGUCGCAACCUCGAUAUUGAGAGGCCGACCUACACCAACCUCAACCGUCUGAUUGCUCAGUGCAUCAGCUCCCUCACCGCCUCUCUCCGUUUCGACGGUGCCCUUAACGUGGAUGUUACCGAGUUCCAGACCAACUUGGUGCCCUAUCCUCGUAUCCAUUUCAUGCUCACGUCAUAUGCUCCGGUCAUCUCUGCCGAGAAGGCCUAUCAUGAACAGCUCUCUGUCGCCGAGAUUACCAACUCCGUCUUCGAGCCCGCUUCCAUGAUGGUCAAGUGCGACCCUCGUCAUGGCAAGUAUAUGGCCUGCUGUAUGAUGUACCGUGGUGACGUUGUACCUAAGGACGUUAACGCCGCAGUUGCUACCAUUAAGACUAAGAGGACUAUCCAGUUCGUUGACUGGUCCCCUACUGGUUUCAAGUGUGGUAUCAACUACCAGCCUCCCACGGUCGUCCCAGGUGGUGACCUCGCUAAGGUUAUGCGCGCCGUGUGCAUGAUCUCCAACUCCACCGCCGUUGCUGAGGUCUUCUCCCGCAUUGACCACAAAUUCGAUUUGAUGUACGCCAAGCGUGCCUUCGUCCACUGGUAUGUUGGCGAGGGUAUGGAGGAGGGUGAGUUCUCUGAGGCUCGUGAGGAUCUUGCUGCUCUAGAGAAGGAUUAUGAAGAGGUUGGCAUUGAGACCGCUGAGGGUGAAGGAGAGGAGGAAGGCUAUGGUGAUGAAUUUUAAGUGCAUUUAAUAUGUGAACAAGCAACUAUUGUAUCGGUAUGUGGAGACCUCCUGCACAAGCAA